UGGAGCUGCUCUGACCUAGCCCAGGUUACCACCAGCAAUGUCAGCCUCAAGGCCCAAGCCCAGAGCUGCUCAGAAUGGGACAUUCAUGUAAGAGGCCAUGGUGAUUUCUGGAUUUGGAAGCAACAAGGAAUCUCGGGGGGUCCUGCUCAGUGCCUCGGGCACCUGCAGAGGCCAGCGGUAGGCAGCGCCUUCGACCUGGCCAGCCAUGCCUCCGUGGGGCCUGAGAACCUGGCCUUGGAAGUGGCCUCAGGAGAACCUACUCGUGCCAGGCACCCCACAUACCCAGAGCCUGCCCCUGCACAUGGGGAGCAGGGACCCUCAGGCUGCACCUGUCAGCAGUCUCCACCAGAGGUCCCUCUGAGGCCUGAGCCACCCAGCAACCUGGAAGACGCACCCCUGCUGCCCCACCCUACAUCCUUCCUCAGGCCAGAGGGGACAAAGGGCGAGCCUGCCACCCCAGGGACUGCCUUGCCAGAGCCUGCCCAGACCCUACACACGCGUCCCUCUUCUAGGAGGACCCGCUACUACAUCACUGUCACACUGCUGGGGCACAGGCAAGCACCUGGGGAGGAGGGUAAAGAACCGGCCCAACCAGCUCCACACCCCUGUGGCCCUGAGGAAUCCGAGGGCUGGUGGGAGCCUCCCCAUGGGCCCCGCCCCAUCACGGGGUGCCAGUCGGCCCCGCUCCAGGAACCCCAGCUGAGAGCCCAGUCUCAUCAGGGGAGCACGGCCCAGCAGCAGGAGCUCCAGGCUGGCGGGACACCUGGGUCCCCACACAGACUGGAGCUGGACCACAGUGGGACAAGGACGCCUCCAGACAGGUUGCCAGGGCCCCACAUGGAGGAGGCAGGUGGGCCCAUGGCCCGGGCCAAGGCCCGAGUGGUAAGUGCCACACUGACAUGGCGGCAGCGGCCCCCUGCCCAGGAAGAGAUCAAACAUGGUUUUCACAAGGUGUCCCUGGUGUCAGGGGCCCAGAUGGAAGCCCCGCAGAAGGAGAUGUUUGAGUUCAGCCGUCGAGAGGAAGUCAAUGGCUUUGCAACACAGGAAGAAGAGACCGUGAAUUGCCAGGGCCCUCGGGAUACAGCUGGCUCCAAGAACUUCCAGAGCCAUGGACCCAUCUUUUCCAAGAAGUUCACACCACCUCCCAAGGAGAAAAGGCCUGAGCAGAGGCUGAAGGAGGCUGUGGACCAGAGUGAUGGCAGCCGCCAAGAUCCCAGGACUGAGCCCCCACGUGUGGGAGCUAUGGCCAGGACUGAGCUUUUGGUUCCCCUGCCUGGGCCCCGAGAGCCAAGUCCCCACCCAGGUGUAGGUCUCACCAGUGGGAGCUCCCGGAGCCUCGAGGAACACCGAGUGACACGCACCGUGCGGACCACCACGGUGGUGAGAGGUCAUGUGGACCGGCGGGUGAGCAGCUCUGUGACUGUGAGGCCGAUGUCCUCAGGCGAGGCCCUGCCACGGGGCCGUCAGGUCGCCCGCAUGGUGCAGCCAGUGGUAGUGGGCUCCCCACCAGGCUCGCCCAGCCGCAGCCAAGCUGUGAAAGUGCUAAGUAACCUCGUACCUGCUGGGCACAGCCCCUCUGCUAGCCACCUGCCCAGGCCCACAGCUGGAGUGCCGAGAAGCACAGGUCUGGGCAGCACAGUGGGGGCAGCCUUGAGGCAGCUGCCUGAGACCGGGACAGCAGAGCUUAAAGACAGCUCUGCCCUGGUCUCUACAGGCAUCCCAGCCAGUGCUCACCUGCCUAAGAAUCAGGAUGUCCCUGCAGCCUGUCCAGAUCGAGACCAGGGCAGAGCCCUGGAUGCCAGAGCCUGUGAGCUCUGGCAGGUGCUAGGAGCUCCCAGUUCCACUGAACUCCCUCUCCAGACUUCUCAGGGUCAAGCAUCAGUCCCCUCCUCUCCCAGACUCCAGACCCAUGUCCCCUCUCCAAGCCUAGCCCACCCUGCAAAGCAGCCUGUGGUGCCCACUCACGCCAGGGCCCAGCUCACUCCCCUUGUUCUGCCCCCUAUAAAAAGGGAAGGGCUUGUGGACCCCCCUGCUGCCACCGUCCUGCCCAUGGUGAGGAGGGAGCAUGUGACAGUCCCUGAACAACCUCCUGCUCCAUCCUCUAUAAGAAGGAAGGAUGUCCCCAGCCCAGGAGGUCUUUCUGCUCCAUCGUCCCCAAGGAAUAAGUUUGUUCAGAACAGCCCAGCCUUAAAGACCCAGGGCAAGCCGAACACCAGGCCUGGAAAGGUGAUCUUCUUCUCGGAGUCUGGCUGCCAAGGCAGUGGCAGAGAGGUCUGGGGAGACAUUGUUGAUGCCUCAGGCUGGGCCCCCGUAGCCUCCAUAAGGGUAGUUCGAGGCUGCUGGGUGCUGUACGAAGAGCCAGAGUUCCGGGGUCAGAAGCUGGUCCUGCCUGAAGGAGACAUGGAACUCAGAACCCCAGGGACAAAGUGGAGUCCCCAAGGCAUCGGCUCCCUAAGAAGGGUUGUCUGGGACUACAGCACCCCGGAAAUCAGCCUCUUCUCUGAGGAGGGCCUCAGGGGGGAGCAAGUGAAGCUAAGAGAGGCCUUGAAGAAUUCCCAGGGUCUGGAGAAGCCCCUGCAGGUGGCAUCUGCCACUGUCUCUGCAGGACUGUGGCUACUGUACCCCAAACCAUUAUUUGAAGACACUCCCUACAUCCUGGAACCUGGAGAGUACCCCACCUCAGAGGCCUGGGGCACAUCGGACCCCAGCGUGGGCUCCCUGAAGCCCAUGAGAUUGGGCUGCCCAAGUGUGGAGAAGCCAGGGGAGCCGAGGGCUGUGGUGUAUGAGGCCCCCGGCUUUCAGGGCCGCAGCUGGGAAGUGAGCCGAGACAUCUACAACCUUCAGCAGCCAGAGGACAGCCAGAGCCCCCACCUGGCCUCUGUGGGGUCCCUGAGAGUUCUCGGGGGCUGCUGGGUGGGCUACGAGAAGGAGGGCUUCCGGGGCCACCAGUAUCUGCUGGAGGAGGGGGAAUACCCAGACUGGUCACACUGGGGAGGCUAUGACGAGUUGCUGACCUCCCUCCGCGUCAUCCGGACGGACUUUGGGGACCCGGCCAUCGUGCUAUUUGAGGCCAUGGACUUCGAGGGGCAUGGCGUGGAGGUGAGCAGGGCAUUGCCGGAUGUGGAGCUGGUGCAACACGGCCCCAGCACACAGGCCAUCCACGUGCUCAGCGGCGUGUGGGUGGCCUACCAGGAGGUGGGCUUCUCCGGGGAACAGUACGUGCUGGAGAAGGGCGUGUACCGUAACUGCGAGGACUGGGGCGCGGGCAACAGCGCCCUCGCUUCGCUACAGCCGGUCCUACAGGUCGGGGAGCACGAUCUGCACUUCGUCUCAAAGAUUCAGCUUUUCUCCCGCCCCGACUUUCUGGGCGACCACUUCUCCUUCGAAGAUGACCAGGCCGCUCUGCCCGCCUCCUUCCGACCUCAGUCCUGCAGAGUCCACGGCGGCAGCUGGAUCCUGUUUGAUGAGAAGAACUUCGAGGGUGGCCAGCACAUUCUCUCUGAGGGCGAGUUCCCCACUCUCACGGCCAUGGGCUGCCUAGCCUCUACGGUCCUGGGCUCUCUCCAGAAGGUAUCCCUGCACUUUUCAGAGCCUUCAAUUUUCCUGUAUGGACUCCAGUGCUUCGAGGGGAAGGAGAUCGAGCUCAGCAGGGAGGUGCGGAGCCUGCAAGCCGAGGGCUUCAACAACCACGUGUUGUCCGUGCGGAUCAAGGGGGGCGUUUGGGUGCUAUGUGAACACAGUGACUUCCGGGGCCGCCAGUGGCUGGUGGGAAGCUGCGAGAUCACCAACUGGCUGACCUACAGCGGCACCCAGAGGGUGGGCUCCCUCUACCCCAUCAAGCAGCGCCGGGUUUAUUUCCGCCUCUGGAAUGCAGCACUGGGGGGAUUCCUGGCAGUGCCGGACCAUGUGGAGGACAUGAAGGCAGGCCGUGUGGUGGUCUCUGACCCCCGAGCGGGAGGUAGCUGCAUCUGGUACUACGAGGAUGGGCUGCUGAAGAACCAGAUGGCCCCCACCAUGAGCCUGCAGGUAAUUGGACCCCCUAGUCCAGGCUCCAAGGUGGUGCUGUGGGCCGAGAGCCGCCUGCCGCGCCAGACGUGGAGCAUCAGUGAAUCCGGCCACAUCUGCAGCCAGAUGUUCGAAGGCCAGAUCCUGGAUGUGAAGGGAGGCCGGGGCUACGACCGGGACCACGUGGUGCUAUGGGAGCCGGAUGAGGACAGGGCAUCCCAGAUCUGGACCAUCCAUGUGCUUUGAACCUUUUCAUCUCACCCUCCAGCCCUGGAGGCUUUUGCUGGGAUGAAUGUAUUUAUAGAGUUUUUGUUGUAACAUAAGCUGUUUUCUAAUAUGCUGCCAGGUA